CUCGGAUAGAGAAUUUUUUAAACUGUCUUGUGUUAUCACGUUGUGGUUAAAAAUUCCUUGCCAAAGUUUAACAGAGGCAACGUGACAAAAAUCUGUUCUUACUCCACUCCAACUCCGUGCUGAAUAGCCGAACCCAGCUAAUGGUGGCUACGGAUUGUUCGGAGUGCACGGAGUAAACAAGCUGGAAUGAAAAUGAAAUCAGUUGACCGCUGCCAAAAAAAAAAGUCAAAAAAAUGUGUCAGAUGUUUAGUUGAAAAAAAUAAAUAAUUUUGUUUAUAAAGUGAUUACGUGUAAUUUUUUAUUCGAAAGUACCGAUACAACGGAAUUUGGUCCCGGUAUUUCAUUUCAGUCAAUCUUCAACUCAUCAAGGGUAGCAAAAAAUUCACAAUGGGUGUUGGAGGAGUAGUUAAAUUUAUUUUGCGCCGAUUACUAGAAAUAACGUUAAUUGCGGCGGUUUUAGUGCUGAUUCCUAAUUUGCCGCCGCAUGCAAAUUUCUCCAAACCAAUAAGUCGUGUCUCCCCAAAACCGUUUACAGGAAAAUUAUCGUUGAAUAAUCGUCUUGACAAUAUAGAAAAAUGGCACAAGGGAGAUUUUGUAGGGCCCGAAGGGCUAGCUGAGUUAAAUGGUGAAUUGUAUACGUCUUUGUAUACAGGAGAUAUUGUUAAAUUGACUGGUGAACACAUAACUCCCAUAGUUAAAUUUGGUAGACCUUGCAAAAAUAGCUACGAAGAAAGUAUAUGCGGUAGACCGCUGGGAAUUGAAUUUGAUCAGAAUGGUUAUCUUUUUGCCGCAGAUGCUUAUUAUGGUAUUUUUAAGGUGGAUGUUAAAACUGGCAAAAAGGAACAGUUAGUUGGCCCAAACACUGUAAUUGAAGGAAAAAAAGCGAAGAUCUUCAAUAGUGUAGCUUUGGCAAGUAAUGGCGAUAUUUAUUGGACAGAUUCGUCCAGCGAUUUUACUUUAGAAGAUGGUUUGUUCACUUUGUUAGCUGAUCCAUCUGGAAGGUUGAUGCAUUACAAUGCCAAAACUAAAACCAAUAAAGUACUUAUCGAUGAAUUAUUCUUUGCUAACGGAGUGGCUCUGAGCAAGGAUGAAGAAUUUGUUAUUGUUGCCGAAACAGGAUCCAGCCGCAUCCAAAGAUAUCAUCUUAAAGGUCCCAAACAAGGCAAAAAAGAUGUUUUCAUUGACGGUCUACCAGGAUUACCAGACAAUUUGACACCAGAUGGCAAAGGAGGAUUUAUUGUGCCUUUACUCUAUUCUUUUGACAACGAACAUCCCAAUAUGUUCCAAUCGAUUGGCCCCUUUCCAUGGCUCAGGAAAGCUAUUGCCAGGGUUAUGGGUGUUACUGAAUAUCUCUUUAGAAAAAUCGAUGAAUUAUAUCCCAAUGAAUUUUCACUAAAAGCAAUGCAUUUUAUUGGACAUUUUACCUCGAGCCCAUCUUGGCUGGGAGCUCAAAGAUCGACAAUCUUAAGGGUCGAUAAAAACGGACAAAUCGCCGAUAGUGUUCACACUGAUAAAAUCAAAAGCUUCUUCUGCGAUGUGAAAAUCAUACGAGAUACUGUGUAUUUGGGAUCCCCCUUUAAUGAUUAUUUGGGUAGGAUUCCGUUGGCCAACCUCGGUUGGGAAGAUUUACGACAAGACGAGCGCGUGAAACGUGCAGCUCCUGUUGAAACUCCAAAACCAACAACUCAAAAACCAACAACAACCACUCCACCACCCUCAACUACACAGAAAGCUACAACCACUACACAAAAACCAACCACAACUACUCCAAAGCCAACCACAACUACUCCAAAGCCAACUACAACUACUCAACCUACUACAACUACUCCAAAGCCAACCACAACCACUACAAAGCCAACCACAACUACUCCUAAACCAAUCACAACUACUCCAAAACCAACUACGACUACGCCGAAGCCUACUACCGCUAAACCAGCACCCACACAAGCAAAGCAGCAAGCCAAAGCGGUUCCAGCCCAACCUAAACAGGCAACUCCACAAGCUCAGAAGGUUCCCCAACAGACUCAGCAACAGAAACAGAAUCCUCCAGUAAAACAGGCGCCCAAACCAACUCAAGGUAAUCGAAAAUAAGAGCGAAAAAAUUGCUCAGCAUUGCAUUUAUCAAUGUAUCUGUGAUGAUACUUUCCAUUAAGUAAGUCAUCUAGCAUUUUUUUAAAACUCUGUCAAUCAUCCAUUAAUAGUAUAUCCGUGCCAAACUAAGAAAUAACAUAUUGCCUUAAAUGGAAUUAUCCAUAAUUCAUUUUCUUUUUCAAUAAAACAUAUUCAAAGUUGAAGUAACUUAUCCAAUUUUUUGACAGAGUUGUGUUAAAAUAGGAAACAUGCACAAAUUUUGAUUUACUACCUCGAACACAAAAAAUCGAAACUGUAUAAAGGUGUUAUACAGAAAACAAUAUAAAAUUAAAUAAUAUGAGGUCCAUAUUAACAUAAAAUUUAGGUAUUUUAGUAGGUUGCUUAUAGAAUUGCAUUUAUUAGUAUGUGAUUAUUAUUCUCAAAAACGCAAUAUAAAGACUGCGAAAAGUAAUCAACUAUUUCCAGUUAAUUAAUGGUAAUUAUUAGGAAAAGCAAUUAUUAUCUAGGGUAUUUUUUUGGUUACAUUCUGUUAUUUUUUGAUACAACUUAUUCCAGUAUAAAUUGUAUAUACCAAUAGGAUUUAUAUAUAUUUUUUUUGUUAACAUAGUUAUAUUUAUUUAAGAUUUUAUUUUUUAUGUAUUCUCAUGUAGGGCUUGAAAAGUGUUUUUUUUUUAAAUUGAGGUUGUGAAUAAUAGGAUAUCUCAUCUUCCUUUAAAGGUCUAAUGUGGUCAAAGUAGUUUAAUUUGUAGGAGGCUGUAUUUCUUGUUCUUGUUGAUUUUAAUAAAUAUUGUACAGUGGAUUUGAAU